GCGCACGCUCGUCAGAACGAAUAGGCCUUGUCCGAUUUAGGGUGACGACAACUGAAGCUCCUUUGCCUUCCGAACGAACUGCAGCACUCUAACUCUACUCGCAUCUACCUCUACUCGCCUACGCAGCCUUCUUGACAAUGAGCGGUAUCGACAAUGAGGGUUCGACGCCGUCUCCCACAAACACUCUCGUGACGGCCUUGUUGACCGACAUGUAUCAAAUAUCCAUGACCUAUGCGCACUGGAAAAAUGAUCGAGCCGAUGAUGAAUCUGUGUUUGAGCUCUUCUUCCGCAGGAAUCCCUUCGGUGGAGAAUACACGAUCUUUGCCGGUCUUGACGAAUGUCUCAAAUUCAUGGCGCACUUCAAAUUUACACAGUCCGAUGUUGACUAUCUCAAGACAAUACCGUCAAUGAAAGGUUGUGACGAUGCUUUCUUCGACUGGCUCUUGCAAGUCGACACAUCCAAGGUCAAAGUUUACGCCAUGCGGGACGGAUCCGUCGCCUUUCCCCGUAUGCCACUUCUCAUGGUCCAAGGUCCACUGGGCAUCGCCCAACUACUCGAAACAACGCUAUUGACACUCGUCAAUUACCCUAGUUUGAUUGCCACCAACGCAUCCCGGAUGGUCUUGGCCGCGACGGAACGUCGUGAAGUGUCCGAAAGCCUGCCCGCGCAAUGUCGUCAAACCCCCGUCUGUGUCGAGUUCGGUUUGCGGCGAGCUCAGGGUCCCGACGGGGGAUUUAGUGCGAGCAAGUACGCGGCCAUGGGCGGAUUCGUCGCCACCUCCAACGUACAAGCCGGAAAGCUGCUGGGUCUGAAUGUGGCGGGCACACACGCGCACGCUUUUGUCCAAACCUACACCGGUCUCGAAGAAGUAAAGGGUCGCACCGUGACCGACAACACUGAGCAAGGCACUGGGGAAAAUGUCGAAAUUCUCCCCAAGGUUUUGGAAUACCGCCACAAAUUGGCGACAGACAAUCCAAAUUUCGGCACCACAAACGACGGCGAACUGGCUGCGUUUAUUGCCUACGCCGUCGCAUUUCCACACAAUUUUUUGUGUCUUGUGGAUACGUACGAAACACUAACGUCGGGCUUACUAAAUUUUGUCGUGGUCACGUUGGUCUUGGACGAUCUUGGUUAUGUUCCUAAGGGGAUACGACUUGACUCGGGUGAUCUAGCCUACCUCUCUCUGGAGUGUGCCAAGUGUUUCGCCAGCUUUGCAGAAAAACGUCCCUAUUUUCACAAUCUUUCGAUUGUGGCAAGCAACGAUAUAAACGAGGAUGUCCUACAUGCGCUCAACAAGCAAGACCAUGCCAUAACCGUCUAUGGAAUCGGCACGAACCUGGUCACGUGCCAAGCUCAACCUGCCCUGGGCUGUGUGUAUAAGCUCGUCGAAGUCGAAGGUAGACCGCGGAUGAAACUCUCACAAGAAAUCGAGAAAGUUUUGAUUCCAGGCAGAAAGAAGCCUUACCGACUGGUUGGUAGGGAUGGCCGUCCCAUUAUGGACUUACUGACGGGCUAUGACGAAUCUGAGCCUCAGACCAACGUACGCAUUCUAUGCCGCCACGCCUUUAUCGAACGCAAACGAGCCGCCGUCACACCCUCCCGUGUUGAAGCUCUCCACGUCCUUGUCUUUGACCAUGGCAAAGUUGUUCCGGAUGCCAACCGAAAUCUGGAUCAAGCCCGUGUGGCGGCGGCCGAGGAAUUGCAACGACUCCGCCCCGAUGUGCGACGGUAUUUUAACCCGACACCAUACAAGAUUGCCGUAACCGACAGUUUGUUUCACUUUUUACAUGAGCUGUGGCAAUCGGAAACACCCGUACCAGAGUUAUCAUAGUGACGAGAGCGGAAUAGCAACGGCAUUGUUUCGAUGGUAUUGGAGUUUCUUGUACAUGCUCCAUGCUUUAUAUUGUCUGGUUCCAGUAAAACUGGAGGAAGGGAGACUAUGGCACAACAUGAUCCUUGUUUCCUGUGUCAGAUCCGCACAAGGCUACCGGACUUGCAUAAACUUUUUACAGUUAAUCAAUGUUUACUCUCCUGUCUUGCAGAAUGAGACCCG